AUGUACAGGCCUACUGAGAAAGGGAUGCGUCUCACAAAGAGCCAAGGUAUUUUUGCUAUAAAUAUACACAGUAAUGAGAGGAAAAAAGUACAACAGAAGAGGCACAAAGCUAAAACUAGCUUCAGUUCAAAGUGAUCUCAGCUUAUUUUAAACCCAAAUAGCAAUAAUUAAAUGCAAGAACAAAUUAAAAUAUCUCUAUGGAACACUGAACAGGACCAGAUAAUCCCUUUCACAAGAAGAAAUACUUCUUUUUUAAAAGGCAUUAGCCUACCCAGUGACCUGCAGACAACUAAAUGGAUACAAAUAUAAUAGACAUUUUUUUGUACUCAUUUUUUUUUUCAUUAAGAGGUUAAAUAGCAUGUACAGUAUUUCAUUUAUUGAUUGGUUUACAUAUAUUAAUUAUUUCUUUCUACUUUUUUAUGAAGGUACUUGCAAACUGAACAUGAACUGUACAGCUGGAUUGAAGGUGGUCAGAACAACCGAAGGGCGAGUUAAUGUGCAGGCAUGUCACACUCAUCAUGGCCAUGCAAUUGAACUUCAACAUAUCUGGUUAUCCAAACAUGGGCGCCAGGAGAUUGCCAGUAAAAUUCAGCAAGGUGUUUCAGCCGAUAACAUUUUAGAUGACAUUCGCCAAUCCAUGCCUGAAAGUCUUCAAAGGCAUCAUAUCCUUGAGAAAAAGUAUAUCCACAACAUACAACAAGCUUAUGGUUUGAAGAACGUGCAGCGCCAUGCAAAUGAUCAGCAAAGUGUCCUUGCAUGGAUAGAAGAAUGGAGAAGCAAUCCCGAAACAAACCCUGUCCUCUUUCACAAGAUGCAAGGAGAACAAAUUGAUGAUUACCCAUUACAAGAAGAAGACUUCAUGAUUGUGGUGCAAAGCCCAAUACAGAAAACCAUGCUCCAGAAAUUUGGCAGUAAAGGGGUCUGUAUUGACUCCACCCAUGGUACUACAGGCUACGACUUUUAUCUUACAACUUUAAUGGUUGUUGAUGAGUUUGGAUCCGGCUUCCCUGUAGCAUGGUGCCUAUCAAACCAUGAAGACACCACAUUCAUGACAGUCUUCUUUACUGCCAUCAAACAAAACAGUGGCCCAAUUACAGCAAAGUGGCUCGAGUGAUCUUGCCAACCAAUAUUACAAUGCUUGGGUGGCUAUGCACAUGGCAUGUGGAUAAGGCGUGGCGAGAGAAUAUAAGGGAGAAAGUCAAAGAUGUCACAGCCCAAACUGAGGUUUAUAAGAUGUUGCGCACAGUCUUGGAGGAGACGAGUGAGACCACCUUCAGCGACCUACUAGCCAAGGUUCUGAACCAGCUGCAAUCCUGUGACCAAACAGCAGCUUUCCACCAAUAUUUUGUAUCUGAAUGGGUACCAAAGGUGCAGGAAUGGGCUUUCUGCCACAGAUUGGCCUUAGGCAUAAAUACAAACAUGUAUGUGGAAGCCUUCCAUCGCACCCUCGAGCACAACUACCUAAAAGGAAAAUUCAACAAAAGAGUUGACAUUUGCCUUCUAAACGUCGUUAAAUUCAUAAGGGACAAAACAUAUGAAUGA